UCGCGGGCUUGGCAGAUCAUCAAAAGUCACCUCAGGCACUUCGCACACGGGUCGUAUGCGUAGGCGUAUACGACGCUACGCGUACGAGACCUGCAAUCUUCUACAAACGAUUCGUAGGCAUAAACUAAGUUAAAAUCAUGGCGCAAUACGUUACGUAAUUUGACAAACUCAAUGAUUUUUUCAGUCAUAGGUAUUGAAGUUAAAAGUCGUAAGUAAUUGAAUUUCAGUAAGGCACUUCGCACACGGGUUGUAGGCGUAGGCGUAUCGUAAACGUAUAGUUAUGGUGCUACGCGUACGAGACCUGCGUUGUUCUACAAACGAAUCGUCGCGAAGACGUAAUCUCAGUUGGAAUCAUAGCGUAAUACGAAACGUAAUUUGAAAUCUCAAUGAUUUUUCAGUCAUAUUAAAGUCAAAAGUCGUAAGAAGUAAAAAUUCAUAAGAAAUUAAAAUGCAAUUAUUUAAGUUUAGAUUUUUUUUUAAUUUAAUAAAAAGUAUAUUUUUACGCUUGUGUUUUUACGCAAGUACACGGGGCCAAUCGACUUACGGGAUUGCUAUGGCUAUCGCUAUCGCUUGCGAUUUAAUUUUGUUAUUUCUGACAGCUGAAGGUUUUCAAAUUCGUCGCGCUCUUUUUAUUUAUUUUGCAUUGGUAAAAACAAUAAACGUAACACUCGUAUUGCUCUCGUCGUACGCGCGUAUUACGAUACGCCUACACUACGACGCGACGCCUUGUGCGAAAAGGGCUUAGUCACAUUCAUUUCUACUACGCUAUAUUUGGCGUUGAUUAUAUGUAAUAUAUGAUUUGAUAACUAAUAGUGAUAGGUUGCCUGUUUAUCACCUAUAACAGUUCUCGAAUAUCACUGUCCGUUGUUAGGGUUUUAGGCUUUAGUUCUAAGUACUCACUCUACUGGAAAAUAAGCGGCCGCCGCUUUCUAACGUUGCUUUUACGCUUAAAUUUCAGUACAGUAGAGAAUAGUAACUUAUCCUUACAUUCAAAUUGAAAGGUUAUCAAAAAAACUGAUGCUAUAAAUCUUAUGAAAAACAUUAAGAUGAUUAAAGUGAAGCUAAUGAUUUUAUAGCCAUUUUCAAACAAAUAAAAAACUUUUUAAAGACAAUUCACUAUUUUUUAAUGUUCAGGUACUAAAUUAUAAUAUCGUUUAUAUAUUUAAAUAUUUAAACUGUUUAUUAUAUAAUAUUUAGAAUCACACUAAUAUUUAGAAGAUCAAAUAUUUAUUUACUGUGUUUGACUGUACACUCGCUUACUAAUUUCGUAAUGUUCUCUAUUAACAGAUCGCCACAAGACGCAUAACCGUUUAUAUUUUAAAUUCCAAUAAUAGAAGGCGGUUUUAUUUUUAACUUUCUUAGAUCUAUAUUAAAAUAAUCGAAAAAAGAAAUACAUUGACAUGCACGAAUUACUAUUGUUGUUUUAUUAUAUUGACAGAGAAGAUUUCUAAGCGUCAACCAAGUUGAUUCUGGAUCUAUGUGUGUUGAUCCAUCUUAAAUAAUUUCUAACACAAUCACAGCUUCAAUACAAAAUUCUGUAAUGUGUAAAACUUGAAAUUGCUAUGAACCGCCUAUAAACUGUAGGCUUUGUAUCUGUCGUGUCUCCCAUACUACGUUUGGUUUGCAAUGCUCUUUGAACUGAACAUUGGAAUAUAUAUAAUCGUGUACUAUGUAGUUAUAAAUGGUAGGUACUUUAACUUAAUGCGAAAGUAACAGCACGUAACAGUAUCAGUAUGUUACACUAAACCGCUGAUCGCUUACCAUAGGUUGGCCGGCCAAACUAAAAAAGCUUUGUUUAGUGCUAAAGUAAUGUCAAGUUACUUGCUUCGUUUGACAUUAAAUGUUAUUAGUCUAGUUAUACCUUAUUUCAUUAUUUAAGGUCCACUUGCAGCGAUUUCGCUAAAUCUCAAUUAAAUUAAAACUAGUUCUAUUCUAUAGAAAAAUGACAAAACGUCAAUGUUAAUAUGUUUUUUCUUUUGGAUUACAUAUAGUUUUAGUUGAAUCUAAAUUUACUGGAAGUGGGCCUCUGAAUAAGUAUCUUAUGGAAAUGACACAAACAUGUACUACGCGUGUUUACCUAUAUAAACAAAUCGGGGAACAAACAUGGCGGACGUAGGUCGUCCUUAGUCGAUACUUUUUAUUGAUGUUAAGUUUCAUUUGCUGUGGUCAAAGCAUAUAGGGUCAAACAAAUAUACUGGAGAAAAGGGCUGAAGAGGGUGAAGAAUCUAUUUGAAUUUCGAAAACAAUCGGAGAUAAUUUACAGGGACAGUAAUAAGAAAUCGCUUACUAAAUUUCACAAACCUUUUCGUUAUUCGUCUGCAUGUGCACAUUAUACUGGUGCUUAUUAACUUUAAUAAAACAUUAUUACAAUAUUAAACUAAAAGUACCUCUAGGGCAUAUCGAUGAUAUGUUAUUUAAAACUAGCAAACCAGUGAACCAAAUGUUCACCAAAAAAAAAAUAUAUUUAAUUAAUUGAGAACUUCGGAGAUUUUGUGUGGUUUCGUUUGAAAUAGAAAUCACGUGAUUUCUCGAACACCGGAAGUGCUACGUUACUCAAAUCCGGUUUGUAGUCUUAUCAGACUAUUCUUAACUUAUAACUUAAACGUUCUCUUUAUCUAUCUCUUACGGUUUGGCCGCUGAAACAGCACCACGGACGGACGGACUUGUCUAAUAGAUAUAAUAUUCAAGUUUUAAUUAUAAAUACUUAUUGCAGAUGUUAAAAUUCAAAAAAUUCAAUAUUCAUUUAUUCCGUUUAGACUUUUACAAUCACAAAUGAAAGUCGAAAGCUACUCCGUCGGUUCGCAAAUCCACAGGGAUCCAAGGGACUUCCAUAUAGCCAUUUCAUCCAAUAUUAGGGAGAAGAAAUUAAAGGAAGAAAUAAUACUAUAAUUAAAAAAAUGUAUUCUAUAUAAAAUUGUAUAUGUUUUCGUGUUAUUUCCAUAUAAUACUUAUUCAGAGAAGUGGGCCUAAAUAUAUAAAAGAGAAAACUGAUUAAGUGAAUGACAUAUCAACGCACAACCCAAACCGCUGGGUCUAUAUUAGAUACCCGUACGUACUCCAAAUUUGGCACGUAGGUUUUUUAUGAGGCUAGAAAGGAUUUUUCAAAAUUCACUCCCGAAGGGUUUAAAAUAGGGGAUGAAAGUUUGUAAUGAGAAAUCUUAUUCCUUAAGUUAAUUGGCUUGAAACUGAGCACGACUUUACACUUAAAUAAAUAAAUUAUAAAGUUUGUCAGUUUUAGUUUUCCUAAAUUACCUUCUCUUGUAUUACAUUUAUUUUUGUAAUUGUUUGUAGUGCCCUUCAUAUAAAUGACGAAUUAAUUACGCGUAUCGUCGUCCCACGAUAAGUCUGCAGUGGACUGACAGUAGCGAAAAUUAAAACUUUAUACAUGGCAGUACAGUACUUUUAGUACGAGUUUUACAAUUACGAAAACUAUAUUAAUUUUCGUGAGCUCGCCCUCGUACUAAGGGUACUGUUUUUAUUGUUUUCGUUUCAAUACAAAUAAGCAGUGUUUAAAUUCUAUUAUUAAAUCAUUUGCGUCUUAUUAAAUUUUAAGUAUAUUUGGUUACUUUUCACCAAAAUGGACAUAGAAACAUAACUUACAAUACAAUUACGAAAACUAUGAUAGUUUUCGUGAGCUCAAACUCGUACUAAGGGUACAGUACCCUUAGCACUAACCAAUAUCGAAAUCGAAUAGUUUUGCGAGUCCCAAAUGUAAUUGUCAAAUGGGUACUGAUUUUUAGUUCUCGUUACGUACUUUGUGGCGCUGCUGUUUAAGUUUCCACACAAAAUUUGACAUUGACAUUUCGCACUCGCAAACUAUUCGAAUUCGAUAAUGGAAUUCGUAUCGUUUGCGAGUACGAAAUGUCAUUAUCUAAUAUGUACUGUUUUUAAUUCUCGUUACUUACGUUAUGGCGCUGCUGUUCAAGUUUUCAUACAAAAUUUUAUAAUGACAUUGCAGACUCGCAAACUAUUCGAAUUCGAUAAUGGUUCAUGCUAAGGUUGCUGAUUAUAGUUAAAUUUACUUUCCCUGAUACUUUGUUAUUAACCGAUUCAAAAAGGACGAGGCUCUUAAUUAUUUAAGGGCCGAUUUCGAUGAUUCUGUUUUAGGGUUCCGUGCGCAAAGGGUAAACCCUAUUGCUGAAAUUCUGUCGUCUAUCUAUCCGUAUGCUACGGGUCUAUAGAUCGUAGUAAACGGAAUGAGUUACAUAACUAAAAUUUUGGCAUUUUAUCUGGAAUACUUACCCAAAGCGAUUUUAUUCACUAUUUUUAAUGAAAUGUCUCAUACACGUGAUACAUCAAUCUCUAGGGCAGGUAGGAUAUGAAUAUUGUCACGUAACGCGAUUGGUUUCGAUAUUAUAUUGCCAGUUUACACCUGACAGUUCAACUCAACUGUCCCUGCUCGGAGCCAAGCGCCCUAAGAAAAGGGUAGCCAUGAAAGUUGUUAUUUUUAAAACUAUUUUUGCUAAGUGGUUUAUCUCAAAAUCGAAAAUAGUUAAGAAUGUGAAAGUUGGGUUUGUAGCAUAUGCACAUCACGCACCAAAAUUUUAUUUGAAAAAUCUAUUUUUAUACAACAAGUACUGAACGCGUCGAUUCAUAACAUAAUUUUUGAGAUGUUAUAAAAGCAAACAAAUGAUUAUUUCCUUUCGCGGUAUAUUGCAAACUGCGAUGUCGAUAUCGCUAGAGCUCGGAAAGAAAUAUUUCAUAACUCAGUGAUAUUAGGUAGCUUCAAUAACAGAAUUAUUUCACUGCACAGAACUCUAAUAGAGCGAUACGCCAGGUUUUUCAUCAGUAUUUUGGCGAGAUUAUCCCAUAUUAAUUAGGUGAAGAUCUGUUGAGUACUUUGGCAGAUACAGUAUAUUCUGUUUCGUUAAUAUAAGAAAAAUAAAACAAGUAAUGCAUUCCAGCUAAGAGCAAAUAAUAAUUGCUCCUAGCAUGCCAUACAUAGUUAGUCGAUGCUAUUUUGGAUUUUUGACUUUUAUAAGGUGAACAUGACCUGCGCUUGAUAAAACUUUAGUUAUCUUAAAGAAAUGCAGUAUAUAUUGAGUAGAAGGAAUGCAGUAAACAUCAUUGUCAGUCAUGGCACGAUCGGUGAUCUGUUUGUUGGCGUUAAUGCUGGCUGGCGGGCUUGCCCGCCCGGACCCAGAGCCAGUACCUUCCCAGAGGGAACAUCCUCAUCCAGUUGUUGUGAGCCACGAGGAUCUGGAAUUCCAAAAGAAGUUAUUGCUUAUAUUUUAUCAGCCUCACCAGCCCCUCAUUCCUGAGCUAAAUACAGUUGCUCAAACAUGGGGCUUAGUAAAGAACAUUGACCAAUAUAACAAUGCUACCGCUGUGCAUAUAUCUCAACAAUUGAUCGAGGGUGGAUGGGUGCUGCCAUUCAAUGUGCCUUUCUCAGUACUAGAACAACAACACAGGUGGCAGGCAGCUACUUUCUUUAACUUGCUGUACUCUGCUAAGACCAAAGAUGUUUUCUACAAGACACUCGUGUAUUUGAGAGCCCACAUCAAUGAAUACAUGCUGGUAUAUGUGGCAUCUGUUGCCAUUGCUCAUAGGCCAGAUACACAAGGAUUUAUUGUGCCGCCAUUGUACGAAAUAUUUCCUUCAUUUUUCAAUAAUGCUGAAAUUAUGACUACCGCUCAGAGAAUAAGCGUCCACGGUAAAAACUACAUGGAGCAUUACCCAUCGACGUACAUUUGGGAUAACGAUGUUGUGAUCAGAAGGAACGCUACGGUAUGGCCUUAUUACACCAAAUAUUUGCCCUUAAGUUAUUUCACACACGAUUUCGCUCUCAAUAAUUUUUACUACAAUAUGCACAUCUUAUAUCCGUCUUGGCUUGGUGGUGAAACGGUGCCAUUAGUUAAAGAUCGUCGUGGCGAAUGGUAUUGGUUCAUGCAUAAACAACUCGUCGCCCGUUAUUAUAUGGAGAGAUUGUGCAAUGGACUUGGAGAGAUACCUGAAUUAGACAUGCAUCUUGUAGAAGAAGGAUACGCUUCGGGCCUGAUACAUCAAGCUGGUAUUUCUUAUCCAGUAAGGCCAAACUAUUUUCUACUGGAGCAGCCUAAUUUUAUAAAUGAAAUCAUCCAGAUCGCUGACUACGAACAUCGCAUCCGUGAUGCCAUUGAUCUUGGAUAUAUCACAACCCCUAAUGGUGAACACGUUGAUAUUCAUAGUCCUGAUGCUAUUGACGUACUGGGUCGUCUUGUUCAAGCGGGAGUGGAUUCUCCUAAUAAUCAAUACUACAAAGACUUUAUCAGUAUCUGGAAAACUCUCCUCGGCAACUCUGAAGUUUACAGCAAUGUUGAUUUGAAUGGCGUUAAGUUGGUGGUUCCAUCAGCUCUGGAGCAGUUCCAGACUACGCUUCGGGAUGAAGCUUUCUACAUGGUCUGGAAGAGAGUAUUGCAAAUGUUCGCGUCAUGGCACAAAAAGCUUCCUCCUUACACUAAAGAGGAACUCGGCCUGCCUGGGGUUGUAAUCAACAAAGUCGAGGUCGACAAGUUGGUCACGUACUUCGAGCACACUUACAUGAAUGUAACCAAUUAUCUGCCUGUGAAUAAUAAUGAAGAAGUACCGCAGUCCGUGCUUGUGGAGCACAAUCGUUUGAAUCACAAAGUGUUUGGCGUUCGUAUACACCUCAGUUGUCAAGCUCCCCAGAACGUCGUAGCACGUCUUUACCUCGCGCCCAAAUAUGACAGUAAGGGUCAAGAGAUCCCAUUGGAAGUCAACAGUCAGAACUUCUUACAGGUCGACCAGCUCAUAUACAAUUGUAAACAAGGACAAAACGUAAUCUCUUAUUCAUCCAAUGACAACCAAUACGUCGCAAAUGAUCCCACUUCUAUCUACAAUACAUACAACAAACUUGUGAAGGCAUUGGAUGGCAAUGAACAGUACAUGUAUAAUAUUGAGCAUAUCGACCGUUACCCUCAGCGACUUCUUCUUCCUAAAGGUCGCGUUGGUGGCAUGCCUUUUGUGGUUAUGGUGCACAUCGCACCGUAUCACGCACCUAACGUUCUUUACGGUACCGGUUACAAUCCUAGUCUUUCUCUCGGCAUCGGUUCGGGUGCUCGCCGCAUCACAAGCGAUCCUCUCGGCUUCCCUGUCGACAGGCCGCUCUACCCAUGGCAAGUGGAAGGCCUUCAGAACAUCUAUUUCGAGGACGUUCUGAUCCAUCACAAACACACCCCCGAAGUAAUCGUCAGCCACGUUGAGUAAACGACUCGUUUUAUUUGCUUUUGAUGCUCCUCUUCCCAUCUGUUUGCCAUGCUCACAUAUCUUAAAGUCUUUUACUAGACUUGCAGUUGUAGUCACGAAUACCAAUGUAAAGAUUUAGCUCAAUUCAACAAUUCUCCCCACCGCUACUUCAAAGCAUCGAAAGAGGAUUAAUGUAUUCGAAUAUAUAUUUUAUUAGUGUAUGUAUGAGAUGUUUGUAUUUAUUGUUACAUUAUAUGAUAAUAAUUGAAAUAUAUUUAUCUUAUGAACUAGCAACCAUG